AUGUCCCCGACCGCCGACUUCACCAUUUCCGACUUUCCUCACAAAGUCCUCGAUCCCAUCGCCACCGACACCACCGCUCCCUCGUAUGCGUCGCUUCUCCUGGCCCAACGCCAGCUCUCCGCCAACGCGUCCGCCAUUCCCAGCCUUAACGGCGGCGGGGCCCAUGGUCACAUGGCCCUCACGCUCACUGCCGAAGCGUACGCCGAACUCUCCGACAUCCCUUUUGUCAUCCCCGUUGCUCCCCCUGCCGACCCUGAACCCGGCACCACGCAACCUCAAAUAACGGAGAACAACCGACUCCACAAACGCGCUGUGGCCAUCCACAGCCUCUACGUGGCGGUCAACAACGCCCUUCGUCGCCAGAUCCUCGACGCUGUUCCUCGUGUCUACGUUCGCGACCUGGAACACCCCCAGUUUGCUUACAGCCACGUUUCCUGUCGCGACCUCCUCGACCAUCUCUGGCGCAACUUUGGUACCAUCUCCGCUUCGGACCUUAAGAACAACAUUCAGUCCAUGUACACCCCGUGGAACCCAGCUGACCCCAUCGAGACCAUUUUUCAUCGCUUAACCGACGCCAUCGCGUACUCGACGGCGGGACGUGACCCCAUCACCGAGGCUGCCGCCGUUCGCGCCGGCUACGAUGUUCUCGAGCACUCCGGCCUUUUUCCUCGUGCCUGUGAAACCUGGCGCACUGCCUUGCCGGCCACCCAUACGCUUGCCAAUCUGCGCGCCGUCUUUAAGGUCGCCGACACUGACCGCAAGCGUACGGUUACCACCGGCUCCCUAGGCUACGCCAACGUCCUUGCCACAGCUCCAUUGGUUCUCCCGUCGCUUGCGCCCGACUCGCUCAGCCUUCCUUUUUCAGCCCUCUUGGUGUCACACUCCUCUGCUGCCCUCUCUGAGCGAACUUAUUGCUGGACCCAUGGGUCCAGCAAUAACCGUCGGCACACUAUCCCCUCCCCGCCUAGUACCCACACCUCUGCCAUUGCCGACACCGGCUGCACAGGCCACUACAUUACGAUCAACUGCCCUCACACGCACCGGCACCCAGCCAACCCCAGCCUCUCCGUCCGUGUCCCGAAUGGCUCUGUCCUCCGCUCCAGCCAUGUUGCCACCCUGGACCUCCCUGGUUUCUCCCCUGCCGCCUGCCAAGCCCACAUUUUUCCUGGGCUCGCUUCCCAUCCGCUCCUCUCCAUCGGUCAACUGUGCGAUGACGGCUGUACGGCAACCUUCUCGGCCACUCGCCUUGACAUUCAUCGCGACGCCACCCUGCUGCUCUCUGGUGCCCGCUCCCCCCACACUGGCCUCUGGCACCUUGAUCUUACCCCUCCCAAGCCCCCUGCUACAGCCCAUGCUCUUGUUCCAACCACCCCCCUCGCCGACCGCAUUGCUUUUGUUCACGCCUCGCUCUUCUCCCCGGCUCUCUCUACCUGGUGCCAGGCCCUCGACUCCGGCCAUCUCGCGACUUUUCCAGACCUUUCCUCCCGCCAGGUCCGCAAGUACCCACCCAGCUCCCCCGCGAUGAUCAAAGGUCACCUCAACCAACAACGCGCAAACCUGCGCUCCACCAAGCUUUCCCCUGUCUGUUCCCCUCUCUCGACGGAACCCCCUGCCGUCGCUGUGCCCGACCUCGAUCCUCCUGACGCCCACCCUGUUGCACGCACACACCACGUCUUCGUUGCCCACCAACGGGUCACCGGGCAGAUCUACACCAACCAACCGGGCCGUUUCUUCACUCCCUCCAGUGCCGGACACAACGACAUGCUUGUCCUUUACGAUUACGAUAGCAACGCCAUCCAUGUUGAACUCAUGCGGAACAAGUCAGGACCCGAGAUUCUUGCCGCCUACCAACGUGCUCACACCCUUUUUACCCAGCGCGGCCUGCGUCCCCAACUUCAGCGCCUCGACAACGAAGCCUCUAUAGCCCUCCAAGCCUUCAUGACCUUAGAGCAGGUCGACUUUCAGCUCGCACCCCCCCCCCCCCCCAUCUGCACCGUCGUAAUGCCGCCGAACGGGCCAUACGCACCUUCAAGAACCACUUCAUUGCUGGCCUCUGCCCUCAUUACCCUCAAUCUUCUUCGUCGCUCCCGCAUCAAUCCCAAGUUGUCCGCCCACGCACAACCUUACGGUGCCUUUGACUACAACCGCACCCCGCUUGCUCCUCCCGGCACCCGCGUCUUAGUCCAUGUCAAGCCCGCUGUUCGCGAAACCUGGGCCCCCCAUGCUGUCGAAGGUUGGUAUCUCGGCCCCGCUCUCAACCAUUAUCGCUGCCAUCGCGUAUGGAUCACGGAAACACGUGCCAAACGUGUUGCUGACACCCUUUCCUGGUUCCCGACCCGCAUUCCCAUGCCCGCCCUUUGUCCACCGACCGCGCCCUGGCCGCCGCCCGUGACCUGGUCCAUGCCCUCCAGAAUCCUUCCCCGGCGUCUCCGUUCGCCCCCCUCGAUGCCACCCAGCACCAGGCACUCACAGAUCUUGCCACCCUCUUUGCCACUGUGGCCGCCCCAGCCGACGACAUCCCUGCACCCGCUCCCGUGCCUCCGGUCCGUCCCCCUGCCCCAGCAACUCCCCUUGCUCAGGUCCGUUUUGCCGUUCCUCUUGUCACGGCCGAACAUGCCCCGGCACUUCCGAGGGUGCCCAUUCCGGCCCCAGCACUUCCGAGGGUGCCCACCCUGGCCACCUAUCACUCUCGCACCGGCAACCCAGGCCGUCGCCGCCGCAAAGCACGCACACAACCGGCAACCCCAACCCUAG